UCUCUUUUCACCAAACUCCAACUUGAAAAACCCUUUGUAAAUCUCUAAUUACCUCUUCCUUCCAUCUCAUAACUUUUGAGUGGUCUUCAUGGAUAAGCUUGUUGUUAUCCUAACAUUUUUCCUCACCCAUUUCUUCAUUUUUCCGCUAGGCAACUUCGUCAAUGGUGCCACCAUAACUUCCUGUACCCAAACCCCGUACCCUGAUGUGUGCAACUUUUACAUGGGAAAUAGUCUUAAUGUUGCAGCAAACCUCGAUCAAACCCAAUUCUCGUUCCGCGAUGUUGCCAUUCAGGUGACCCUUAGCCAAGCAGUUCAAGCUCACCAGCUCGUCUCGUCGAUGGACUCGAGUUCUUUCGACCAACGAGCCAAGUUAGCUUGGAACGAUUGCGUGGAACUUUAUGAGGACACCAUUCACCAUCUUAAUCUAUCCAAGACCACUAACAAUCAAAUUGAUUCUCAAACCUGGUUAAGUGCAGCAAUUGCCAACCAACAAACCUGUCAAAAUGGCUUCAUUGACUUCAAUCUAGCCUCCCAUUUACAAACCUUACCAUCCAUGUUAGGAAACAUUACCAAGUUGAUCAGCAAUUCUCUAGCCAUAAACAAGGCCACCACUGUUACAUCCUCUACUUCCCAUAGUAACUUCGCUAAACAAGUUGCCAAUCGACGCCUACUUUCCGACGGAUUUCCGGCUUGGCUUUCGGUUGCCGAUAGGAAGCUCUUGCAAACUACCGGUGCACCACCAAAAGCCGAUAUUGUGGUGGCCCAAGAUGGCUCUGGUAACUUUAAGACCAUAACGGAAGCUGUGGCAGCAGCUGGUGGGGGCAAAAGAACUGUUAUAUACGUGAAAGCUGGAGUUUAUAAGGAAAAUGUGGAUAUUAAGAGAUCAGCUAAAAAUAUAAUGUUGGUUGGGGAUGGUAUUGAUGCCACCAUCGUUACCGGUAGCAAGAAUGCUCAAACCACAACCACUUUUCGUUCAGCAACUGUUGGUGUUUCGGGUGACGGCUUCAUAGCUCGUGACAUGACCUUCGAGAACACCGCCGGACCCCAGAAACACCAGGCGGUGGCCUUCCGGUCUGGCUCCGAUUUCUCGGUUUUCUACCGUUGCAGCUUCAAAGGUUACCAAGAUACAUUAUACGUCUACUCUCAACGCCAAUUUUAUCGCGACUGCGACAUUUAUGGAACUGUGGACUUCAUAUUCGGUGAUGCCGUUGCCGUUUUCCAGAGCUGCAACAUCUACAUCCGUCGACCAAUGAGCGGCCAAAAGAACACCGUCACGGCACAAGGGAGAACCGACCAGAAUGAGAAUACGGGCAUAGUCAUCCACAAUUCACGAGUGACAGCGUCGUCGGAUAUGAAAGCGGUUCAGGGUUCGUUCAAGAGUUAUUUGGGGAGGCCAUGGCAGAAAUAUUCAAGAACUGUGUUCAUGAGAAGCACUUUGGAUGGACUGAUUGAUAGAGAAGGUUGGUUACCAUGGAGUGGAAAUUUUGCUUUGAGUACUCUUUACUAUGCUGAGUAUAUGAACACCGGUGCUGGAGCAGAUACUAGUGGAAGGGUGAAAUGGGGUGGAUAUCAUGUUAUAGGUGCCACAGAAGCCGCAAAAUUCACCGUGGGGAAUUUUUUGGCCGGAAAUUCUUGGAUUCCGGGCACCGGAGUGCCAUUUGAUGUUGGACUGUGAUAAUUUUCUUGAUUGGGUUUAUUUUCCCAUUUGGAAAAUGUAAAUAGGAAAGUGACCCAGAUGUUGAAAUUACUUCGCUUUAUAAUAUAGCACGAGUCAGUAUACAUAGGAGAUAGUAAUAUUAUUAUAUGGUUGAAUUUGUCAAAAGUGAUUCUAAAAAAAAUGUCAAAAGUGGAAAAAGAAAAUAAAACUGUUGUAUAAUUGGAAUUAA